AUGGGCGAGCCCACGACCGUGCACCCUGACCACCUGUGGAUCUGGGAUAGGGCUGUGUAUCUGGACGAGAGACAGCGCACCUGGCUGCCCACAGUCAUCAAGGUGGAGAGAGGCUUCCGAGUGCUCAUGCGCCAGCAAGACGUGCCCCUGAGCCACGCCAUGCGCCCCAGCCAGCUCGGGUCCCACCGGCUGCCCUUGCUCUGGCAGCUGUACCCCGGAAACCGGUACAAGGGCUCCGACUCCAGCUUCUGGAGCAUCGUCUACCACGUGAAGUUUACCAGCUCGGAGGACAUGCUGCUGGACCUGAUGCCUGAAUCAGACCGCGAGGCCAAUGAGGAAGCCGCAGAAGCGGGCCCCAGACUCUGA